AACCACAUCUAGUUCUUACAGGAUCUGUCUGGAAGCAAACUAUGUAAUAAGCAGUUUUCUUUUUAUUUUUUUUUAAUGACUGGGUCCAAAGAGAUAAAAAUAGUGUCUGUGUUCCAACUUAUUGCCAGUACAAGGCUCGUGUGACUGACAGGGACAUAUUGCCUGCUCUCCAGGCUCAGUUCUCAUAGGUGAGUGAAAGCCAUAUUCUUUAUUCAUACGCUAUUCAUAAAGAAGUCGGACGUACUCCUUCUCCCAAAGCCUUUCCUGGUCCAGGCUACAUAGAAGGAUUAUUUCUAGGAAGAGACAUGACAUCAUUUUUCUUAGUUCUGGAAAACUGAGAAAAUUUAGUUUUGCUCCUGAUAAAAAAAAAAAUACAGUGAAAGGUAAAAUAAUGAACUCCUCCACCCAGAGGUCUGCAGACGAGCCAGUAAAUGUCUUGCAUUCAUUGGAAAACUGGACUGCUGGGACACAACGGAAUUCACAAGAACCUUCACUACACCGACAAAUGGCGGAGGGUAAAACCUGGGCUGACUGGUGCCAAGGUCUAAAAGUCUUCAUCUGGAAUCCUGAAAAAAGAGAAUUUUUGGGACGGAAUGGAAAAAGUUGGGCCCUGAUUUCCUUGUUUUACUUUCUACUCUAUUCAUUUCUCACUGGGAUGUUUGCAUUGUGUAUUUACGGAUUACUUCUUACAAUAAACCCCUACGUUCCAACAUACAGGGACAGGGUUUUUCCCCCAGGAGUAACAAUAAGACCUCAUGUAGCUGACUUUCAUUUUUCAUUCAGUGCUUCAGAAAGCAGUACAUGGUCAUCUUAUGCUGAAAACCUGAAUACAUUUCUGGAAGCCUAUAACGAUGACAUCCAAAUAGUCAACAACAUUGAGUGCACCCCUGGACAAUAUUUUAUCCAGGCAGGAGAUGAAAAAGAAGAGAAGAAAGCCUGCCAGUUCAGACGCUCACAGCUAAAGAACUGCUCGGGAAUUGAAGACCCCACCUUUGGUUUUUCUGAAGGGAAACCGUGUUUCUUACUAAAGAUGAAUCGGAUAGUCGGGUAUAAGGCUGGUUCUGGAGUUCCAAUUUAUGUCACUUGUGAAGUCCCGAGAGGUAAUCAUACCCACCUUGGAUCAGUCAAUUUUUAUCCAACAAAUGAGUAUGAUCUCAUGUAUUACCCAUUUUAUGGCAAACUCACCCAUGUAAAUUAUACCUCUCCUAUAAUUGCAAUGCACUUCACAGAAGUCAUAAGAAAUGAGGACGUCACCAUUCAAUGCAAGAUAAAUGGGAAACAAAUUAUCAAUGACCAUAAGAAUGACCGCUUCUUGGGAAGGAUAAUAUUUACGCUCCACAUCAGAUGAAACACUGAAAUAGAAAUUUUUGGCGUGGCCCCUAAUGACAAGUAAAUGAUAACAGAAUAUAGAAAUAAUGGGUUCCACAAAUAUUCCUGCAAAAAGCAUAACAGCUUUUUUUGCUACCAUACCAACAUUAAAGGGAAACUAGACAGCUUUGAGCAUUGUUAAAUUCAUGUAUCAACAUGACUAAUUUAAGCUUUAUGUAUUGCAGAAAGUGUAAUUAUUUCAAGAUACUUGGUUGAAAAUGAAGGCACAGUGAUAUUUUGGUAAAACUAGAAUAACACCUUAUUUGAUCCCCACCCCCUCUCUCUGGAUCUGUCAGUCUUUACGCUAUUCAUGUCUAUUUCUGUUUCAUGUAUGUCUUCCAUUUUCUCACAUAGUUCUUUCCAUAUGUCUAACACACUCUGUCUGCCUGUCAGUUACUGCCUAUAUGUAUAUAUCUGAUGUAUCAUGUAUAUAUUUGCCUUAUGUCUGUCUCUCAUCCACUGUCUCUUUCACCCCAUCUGUCACUUUCUUUCACUCUUCCUCACUGUAGAUUACAUGGUGCUUCAGACAAAAAGCUGUGCCCCUACCUUUGUUUAACUUGGCACAGUAUUAAUAAUUAAUUAGGCCACAGCGUGAAUAAAUCUGUCUUAAAACCAUGA